AUGGCAACAGUAACACAGACAGUGGCAGAGGCGCAGGGUUCGCUGGCCCUCGACUCGACCUCCCCACAGACUGCUAUAGAUUCAGCAGCACCUUCAACAUAUAAGCUUCCCAAGGCCAGAAAGGUCCCAGUUUUCGAGACAAAGGAAGAAGAACGGGAAUGGCAGAAACAGCAAAUGGCAGCAGCAUUCCGUGUCUUCGCCAAAUUGGGAUUCGCGGAUGGGGUGGCCGGACAUAUGAGCCUUCGUGAGGAUCCUGUGAACCCACAUCUAUUCUGGAUAAAUCCUUAUGCCGUUCAUUUCAGCUUGAUCAAGGUCUCUGACCUCGUCCUGGUGGACGAGGAAGGCCAAGUCCAGCAAGAGACAUCUCACACUGUCAGCCAUGCUGGCUUCAUCAUUCACUCCGUGUUGCAUCAGAUGCGGCCGGACAUCAAUGUAGCGGUUCAUUUGCACUCACCUUCGGGUGUCGCCUGGUCCGCUUUUGGCAAGCCAGUAGAGAUGCUUUUCCAAGACAUGUGUUAUUUCUAUAAUGAUCUGUCAGUGUACGAGGGUUUCGGAGGCACCGUGCUUGCGAAAGAGGAGGGCAUGAAUCUUGCAAAAGCGCUGGGCCCGAAGAACAAGAAUAUCAUCCUGCAGAAUCAUGGCAUUCUCACAUGUGGAGCGAAUGUCGGAGAAGCGGCGGGAUUCUUCAUUGCACUUGAACGAGCCUGUCACCGUCAACUGGCGGUUGAGGCAGCGGCAGCGAACGGUCUUGCCAAACGUUAUAUUCCCGAGGCUGAAGCAGCGUAUUCGAAGAAGUAUGACUAUACCCCAGAGAAUACGUACAUGUCUUUCCAGCCGGAGUAUCAAGCUGUUUUGGCUGAGACUCAUGGCUCAUUCCUAGCGUAG